ACGUCAUCCCCCCUACUACAUGUGACGUCAUGCUGCCUCCUACUACAUGUGACGUCAUCCCUCCUACUACGUGUGACGUCAUCCCUUCUACUAAGUGUGACGUCAUGCUGCCUUCUACUACAUGUGACGUCAUCCCUCCUACUACAUGUGACGUCAUGCUGCCUCCUACUACAUGUGACGUCACACCUCCUACUACGUGUGACGUCAUACUUCCUACUACAUGUGACGUCAUCCCUCCUACUACAUGUGACGUCAUCCCUCCUACUACAUGUGACGUCACGCCUCCUACUACGUGUUACGUCAUCCCCCCUACUACAUGUGACGUCAUGCUACCUCCUACUACAUGUGACGUCAUCCCUCCUACUACACGUGACGUCAUCCCUCCUACUACAAGUGACAUCAUACCUCCUACUACGUUUUACGUCACACCUCCUACUACAUGUGACGUCAUCCCCCCUACUAUAUGUGACGUCACACCUCCUACUACAACCACCAACAACACGGCCGGCGACUGUGCAAGAGCUGGAGUAGUCCCUACCGAGUCGAACAAACCGGCCCCAAGACAAAGUGAAGAACAAACGAACGGCGACAGUUUCUGUGCGUUGUUGGAGCCUACGGGAGAAGAGCUGGGCCAGGGGAGCUUUGGCUCUGUCUCCACAUACAGACACAAGGAAACGGGCAAAGAAUACGCCGUCAAAGUUAUGAGGAACUGUCAGAAGAAACGACUCCGUCGAGUAUUGAGUGAGAUCGAGACCUGCCGUCGCUACAAGAACUGUGAAAACAUCCUGAACUUUGUUGAUUUCUACAGGACAGGGGACACGUUUUUCCUCAUCUUCGACAAAAUGGAAGGAGGUGAUCUACGAGCUGUGCUGGAGUCCACUCCGGCGUAUCUGAGCGAGUCCCAGGCUUCACGAGUGACCGGCGCCGUGGCCCGAGCUCUCCUCACACUCCAUAAAGAAGGCGUGGCGCACAGAGACCUUAAGCCCAAUAACAUCCUGUGCCGCACCCCAGGGCAGCUCACCCCUCUGGUCUUGUGUGACUUCGGCGUAGCGAGCCAACCCCCUUCUUCUCCACCUGACCCCUCCCAAGAGGACAACCUAACCAAGCCUGCCCUCAAGUCGGCCGUCGGCUGCCCGCAGUACGUGGCACCAGAGGUCGCCGGUUUGCUGCUGUUGCCCAAGUCCGGGAGAAGUACAGCGCCCUACGACACGAGCUGCGACAUGUGGAGCCUGGGGGUUCUCCUUUACGAACUGCUCUUCCACCGUCAGCCCUUUGUCGGCUACUGCGCUCAGCACGCGCAAACCUCGGUCCGCAAUUGUUGGGACUGCAUCCAAGACAUGUUCCCCAAGAUCUGCCGCGGCGACUAUUCCAUCCCUACAGACGCUCGUGAGUCCUUGUCUGACGCCGCCGUGGAUUUGAUCCGGCGCCUCCUGGUCGUGGACCCUCAAGGCCGUUACUCAGCCGCCCAGGUCUUGAAGCACACGUUUGUGACGUCACACAGGGACGACGAUGACGUCACUACUACAACCGACUGUCCGACAGCUUUGACACGACAACCGUUAUCCGAGUAGUGAUGAUGACUCAAUUUUGGACAGGAGUAUCCCCAGCUGUUUUUUUUUUUCCAUUUCUUAGACAAUACAUUUUUUAUCUUUGGAAAAAGACGCACACUUCGGACUAUGUUACGGCAUCUGCACUGAUGUGUGUGUGUGUGUGUGUGCGUGUGU